GAUCUGUCUGCAGGAUGAGCUUGCGAGUAUGGAUUGAUGUAUACUUGGAAGUACUUCUUCAGCGUGGAGCGUAGAACUUAUAAGUGUUGAGCCUUUCUGCGGUAAGAGAGAAGAGAGAAGCGAGUGAGAAGGAGAAGGAGAAGAGAUUCCCCUCUAUAGCCCGCAAUGGCCCCAACAACCACCCACUGGCUCCCUCCCCUCACCACCCUUUUGCUUCCUCUUCAUCUUCUUCUGCUGCUGCUGCUAUCAUUCGCAUCUGCUCUUCCCAGCAAAGCUUCUGCUGCUGCUGCUGCUGCUACACCUUCUGCUUCUGUAUCCGUCUUUUCCUCCCAACCACCAGCCGUAACCCUCACGGCCUCCGCAACCCCCAGCUCCCCCUCCACGAUCUUCAUCGGCCGCUCCCUCCCUGAAUUCGCCCAAGACCUCUUCCUAGGCAUCAAAUACGCCGACCAACCCAUCCGCUUCACCCCUGCCGUUCUCAAAACCCACUAUCGCGCGAGUGACAGCGACAACGACGCUAGCCCCUCGACCACUACCGAAGCCGAGGAUGAUGGAGGGGUGGUAUACUACAACGCAACCCAAUACGGCAACGACUGCCCCGGCUAUGGCAGCGACGAGACCACCUUGGUGGACGACGGGUGGACGCGACUCAGCGAGGACUGUAUGAAUCUGAAUGUGGUGAGGCCUGCGUCCGUUUCCUCGGGUGUUGGGAAGGGGCAUGAGGCGUUGUUACCAGUGGUGGUGUGGAUUUUUGGGGGUGGAUGGAUGCAGGGUGCUACUUCGGAUCCUAGGUAUAAUAUGAGUUAUAUUUUGCACCAGGGCGCGCUGAACGAUAAGCCUGUCAUCGGGGUGUCGAUCAAUUAUCGGGUGGCCGCGUUUGGGUUUUUGGAUUCCAAGGAGGUCAUGGAAUCCGGCAAUACGAAUCUCGGACUGCGUGAUCAACGAGUGGCCUUGCGGUGGGUUAAGGAGAAUAUCCAGGCUUUUGGCGGUGACCCGGAGAAGAUUACUAUCUGGGGGGAAUCUGCAGGUGCAUAUAGUGUUGGGGCUCAUCUGGUGACGAAUGAUGGGGACAAUGAGGAAUUAUUCCGGGCUGCAAUCAUGGAGUCCGGCAAUGCAGUCGGUCCUCCCUGGAACGGCACAGACUGGUAUCAACCAAUGUAUGAUCAGAUCGUGAACGCGACCAGCUGCACCACCGCAUCCGACACCCUCCAAUGCCUCCGCGAGGUCCCCUUCGAGACCUUCUACCCUCUCGCCUACAACGGACUGGAAUGGUUCGGCACCAUCGACGGCACUUUCAUCAAGGAGAAGCCGCAGAUCAGUAUCACCCACGGCCGGUUCGCCAAGGUGCCCAUCCUGCACGGGACCAAUACGGACGAGGGCACGAGUUUCGGCACCACGGGGACGAAUACCGAUGAAGAGUGUAUUGAGCAGUUGAUCGCGUCGAAACGCUGGGUCCUCGACCGCGAGCAAGCCACGCAUCUGCUAGGUCUGUACCCGAAUAUCUCGGCCAUCGGCUGUCCCUACGGCUGGGGCAACGUCACCUGGCCGUCGCGUGGCUACGAGUACAAGCGGUAUGAGUCGAUGGCGGGCGAUCUUUGCAUGGUCGCGCCGCGACGGCUGCUAGGCGCGCAGAUGGCGCAUGCCGGGCCGGAGGUGUACGCGUACCGGUGGGAUGUGGCGGCCCUGAAUGAUACGAGUGUAAUUGGGGUGCAGCAUUUCGCAGAGAUUCCUUUUGUGUUUGCCAACCCGGACCAGACUAUCACGCCUCUCGGGUCUGAUCCGGCGCGUCUGGCUCUGGGCAACCUGGCGGCCAGGAUGUGGACGGCGUUCGUGACAGACUUGGAUCCAAAUGGACAUGGAGUUGCUGGGAUUCCGGAAUGGCCGCGGUAUACCCCGGAUGAUGGGCCGUCGAACUUUGUCUUCCGAUUACCUCGGACGGAGAGUUAUGUGGAGGAGGAUACGUAUCGGGCGGAGGGGAUUGAGUAUAUCAAUUCGAUUGCGCGGUAGUAGACCUAGAUGUGUAUGUUGGACUACGAAGCAAGAGUAUACAGAUCAUACUCCGGUAGCAUAGUUUGCGACUGCGGUUGGAACUACAACCUAUGACUAGGGGACCAACCGACCCAUGCGUCUAGGA